AUGGAGAAUGCUUAUCCUGCUAGUACUCCUAUGGAACUGGGUUUAAAGUUAAGUAAGCAUGAUGAUAGUGAAGCUUUUAAUGCCACCAUUUAUAGAAGUCUUAUUGGAAGUUUAAUGUAUUUAAAUACAACUAGACCUGAUCUUAUGUUCUCAGUAAGUUUAUUGAGUAAAUUUAUGGCAUCACCAAAGGGAAGCCAUUGGAAAGCUGGAAAGGGAGUUCUUAGAUAUAUUCUUGGAACUGUUGAUCAUGAAAUCCACUAUAAAAGAAAUGUGGAUAAUGUUCUAGUUGGCUACAGUGAUAGUGAUUGGGGAGGAAAUGUUGAUGAUUUCAAAAGUACCUCUGGGUAUGUAUUUAAUAUUAGUUCUGGAGUAGUUUUGUGGGCAUCAAAGAAGCAAGAUGUUGUAGCAUUGUCAACAACGGAAGCUGAAUACAUUUCUUUGUCUGCAGCUAGUUGUCAAGCACUUUGGCUUAGAAAGUUACUACAUGAAUUGAAGUGUCCUUAA